CGUCAUUACAAGAACUCAACAUUGUUUAGGCUCCUCCGAUCCGAUAAUAUAUAUAUACGCAAUUGGUUUUAGGUUUUUUGAGGUUAAACUUAAUUGCUAGCUUCAGUUCAUUAUGACUUCUAAUCCACAUUUUGAAGGAAACCCUGAUUUAUUUUAUUGCGACAAAAAUCUGCAGAAAACAAAAAUAUAUCCGGGGGCUCUUAGUAUUGUUUGGGGCAACGAUGGACGUUACUGGAAGCCAAUAAAGCAGACCAAGCCAUCCUACGCCGACGGGGAAAUGCCCCCUGCAGAACUAAUACAAGUAAACUGGCUAGAGGUGACUGGUUCAGUUGAAGUGAAACGCAACAGGAGAUACAGUGUUCAGUUCCAAGUGUCGCUGACGCAGGACGCUUUUGGGUGGGGAAACUCUCCAGUCUAUUUUAUGGCCAAAAGGGAGGGCUGUUCUAAAUCCCAAGUUAUCUGGAGAAAGUGCAGUUUAUCAUCAAUGCCUGCCGGUCGGAAAAUAUAUGUACCCGGAAAUUUGGUCGUCGAUUCUGGGAAUGCCUUGCAGCUUCAGUUCGGCUUGUACGAAGUCUGGACCGGGAAAUGGAAAGGAGGGCUAAAAAUUCAUCACGUUCUGGUUGAACCCGCCGCCCUAUAAGGAAUUGGAAUAUUAUUAAAAGCCGGCCGGAUUUGAAAGGUGGCCUGAUCUUAUCAGAUCAAUAUAUGCAAACAAUGAAGAGAUUCUUUAAUUUGCUUUAUCUUUCUCUUCAUGUCAUCAAGCUAAGGGGAGCGUGCAAUGCAAAAAGGUGGAGAGAUUCUUUUAAUUUGCUUAAUUUUACUUUCUUUAUUUCAUGUCAUCAAGGGAGCGCGUACAAUGCAAUAAAGUGGAGAGAAUGAUUUGCAUUUCUUUAUUCAUUUUCAUGUAACGAAUGUAUAGCGAUUACCUUGCAAUUCAAUUAAGCGUGUAAUGUCACUUACAUUAAUGAAAUAAUGACUGAAAUUUUUCUUAA